UAAAUGAGUGAUAAACAACAAAAGACAUCAACUUGGUGGGGGUGAUUUUGUCAUCUCAUCUUUCUCUCUCUUCAUAACACAAAUGGGCUCUGUCUCUUCUCCAUCCUACUCCUUUCUUUAAUACCAAACAACCUCUCCUCUCUUUGCUUUUUUCUACUUCAAAUGCUCAACAAAAACCAAAAUAUAGCCUUAGACAUACCCAUGGAGCUUUCUUCUGAUCAUUUUCCCUCUUUAAAACCAAACCCAAAUGAUGAACAUCAUCAUCUUUCAACUCAACCCACACCAGAAGAAGCACCUUCCAAAAAAAGAAAAGUUGUGCAAAAGACUGUGGUUACUGUAAAGAUUGGGUCUAAAAAAGCUGCAAUAGGGAUAGGGAAGGUGAAGAAUGAAGGUCCACCUCCUGAUUUUUGGUCUUGGAGAAAAUAUGGCCAAAAACCCAUCAAAGGAUCUCCAUAUCCAAGGGGGUAUUAUAGAUGUAGUACAACAAAGGGAUGUUCAGCAAAAAAACAAGUAGAGAGAUGCAAAACAGAUGGUUCAAUGUUCAUCAUAACAUACACUUCAAGCCAUAACCAUCCAGGUCCCAACAUCUCCACUCUGAAUUUGGAUCAAAACCAAGAAGAGAUUCAACCACAGCCGUUGGAUCAAGAUGAUCAAGAUCUUGUUCCAAAUCAAGGGCUAGAAAAGCAAGAUCAAGAUCAUAAUAAUGAUGAGAAAAACAGCAUUAUUAGUCCAAGUGAAGAAGAAGAAGAAGAAGAAGAAGAAGAAGAAGAAGAAGAAGAAGAAGAAGAGGAAGAAGAAGAAGAAGAAGAACCAUUAUUAGCUAUGGAAGAUGAGGAGAAAAAGGGAAUUUUAAAGGUAAAGGAGUGUUUGGAAGAACCAAUUUCUUCUUCUUGUUCUCAUGAGAUCAUAAAUUUGUCAGCAACAACAAAAAAAUCAGAAAUAGAAAAUCAUGAUCAUUUCUUUGAUGAGCUUGAAGAACUGCCAACACCUCCACCUUUCUCAAGCUAUUUUUUUGAUGAAAUUAGGAUUUCUGCUGCCCCUUCUUGAUGUUAGUGCUGUUUUUCUAGUGCUUAAUUCCCUUUUGCUCUUAGAUAUAUGUGCAUAUUAUAAUCAUAAUCAAGUCUCUUUUUUCUCUCUAAUUUUUCCCUUUCUUUUU